AUGCGCCGCCUGCCGCGGGCCGUGCAGCUGCUGGUGCCGCAGCUCGCCCUACUGGUGGUCGCCGGGGCCCCGGAGGCGCGGGUGAGCGCGCCGCGGAGCCUGGUGUGGGGGCCCGGGCUGCAGGCGGCCGUCGUGCUGCCCGUCCGCUAUUUCUACGUGCAGGCGGUCAACGCGGAGGGCCAGAACCUCACUCGCUCGCCCCCAGGUGAAACAUUAUUCAAAGUAGUAGUCAAAUCUCUUUCAUCUAAAGAGCUGGUCCGGAUUCAUGUCCCUAAACCUUUGGACAGGAAUGAUGGAACAUUUUUGAUGAGAUAUAGAAUGUAUGAAACUGUAAACAAAGGGCUGAAGAUAGAGGUCCUUUAUGGUGGUGAACAUGUGGCUCAGUCUCCGUACAUUUUAAAAGGACCCGUGUACCACGAGUACUGUGACUGUCCAGAAGAGGAGCCCCACGUCUGGCAGAAAACUCUUUCCUGUCCGACCAGGGAACCACAGAUUGCCAAAGAUUUUGCUUCCUUCCCCAGCAUCAAUCUUCAGCAGAUGCUAAAUGAAGUCCCCAAAAGGUUUGGGGAUGAGAGGGGCGCCAUUGUUCAUUACACUAUCCUCAAUAAUCGCAUUUACCGGAGAUCUUUAGGGAAAUACACAGACUUCAAAAUGUUCUCUGAUGAGAUUUUGCUGUCACUAGCAAGAAAGGUCCUUCUCCCAGACUUAGAAUUUUAUAUCAAUCUUGGAGAUUGGCCCUUGGAGCAUCGAAGAGUGAAUGAAACCCCUGGCCCUAUACCAAUCAUUUCAUGGUGUGGCUCUCAGGAUUCAAGAGAUGUUAUCCUUCCAACAUACGACAUCACUCACUCCACACUUGAAGCAAUGAGGGGUGUGACAAAUGAUCUCCUCUCUAUUCAGGGAAAUACAGGCCCUUCCUGGAUCAAUAAAACAGAAAAAGCUUUCUUCAGAGGUAGAGAUAGCCGAGAGGAGAGGCUCCAGUUGGUACAGCUGUCCAAAGAGAAUCCGCAGCUACUAGAUGCAGGAAUUACAGGAUAUUUCUUUUUCCAAGAGAAAGAAAAGGAACUUGGAAAAGCCAAGUUGAUAGGUUUCUUUGAUUUUUUUAAGUACAAGUAUCAGGUGAAUGUGGAUGGGACUGUGGCUGCGUACAGGUAUCCAUAUCUCAUGCUGGGAGACAGCCUGGUUCUGAAGCAGGACUCACCAUAUUAUGAACAUUUCUACGUGGCACUGAAGCCUUGGAAGCAUUAUGUUCCCAUUAAAAGAAAUCUUAGUGAUCUACUAGAGAAGGUUAAAUGGGCCAAGGAAAAUGAUGAAGAAGCCAAGAAGAUUGCAAAAGAAGGGCAGUUGAUGGCCAGAGAGCUGCUGCAGCCACACCGGCUGUACUGCUACUACUACAGAGUCCUCCAGAAAUACGCCGAGCGCCAGUCCAGCAAACCCAAAGUCCGUGAGGGAAUGGAACUCGUGCCUCAGCCGGCUGACGACACUUCCAUCUGCCAGUGCCACAGGAAGAAGCCUUUGAGAGAAGAGCUUUAAGUCGGCCCACACUCACCGUCCUGUGUACGUCAGCUCCGUCCUGCAGGGAAGCCGGCUGUGAAGGACACUGUGGGAACCUCACCAGGGGACUCCUAGCGCUCUAGGUAGCUUUAUGUAACGUGGCUGCGGAGAGCAGUAUUUGAGCAACUGUUACCAAAUAUCUUUGAAUACUAUUUUCUUGUGGGUAAACAUUACUUUUAUCAGCGUCGUGGUUUUUUAAAAAGCAAAGUUGGGGAUCAUAGCAGAUCGAGUUGUGCCAAAAUGCAAGCCACACCUAUGGACCUGUUUUGAUUAUUUUUAUUAGUUUCUUUCUACGUUUGUUCACUCUCUUCCACUUCCAAUUAUGAAAAGAAAAUGUUUGCCCAGGGUCCUCCACGUCCCCCAUUGCAUAAUCUCUCCUCUUGUAUGCUGCUUCUGACACUCAGUAAUGGCGGCCUCUCUACAGGUGCACAGCAUCCUAUGCCGGGGUGCUGUGUUUGAAUACUGGCUUCUCAGCUUCCAAUCCAGCUUCCUGCUAAUGUACACCCUUGGUGGCAGCAAGUGAUGGCUCAGGUACGUCGGUCUCUGCCACCCACGCGGGAGACUUGGAUUGAGUUCUGGGUUCCUGGGCUUUAGCCUGGCCCAGCCCCAGUUUUAGCUGGCAUUUGGGGAGUUGGGGAGUAAACCAGUACAUGAGAUCUCAUUCUCUCUCCUUCUCUCCCUCCCCUCCUUUAAAUAAAAUUCAAAUAAAUA